CGCGGCGGCUCAGUCAGUAGUGAGAUUGAGUCUCGUCAGAUUUACACAGUAAAGGAGCCCGUAGAAGGACGGUUGGGACAUCAUGGGCAUCAAAUUCUUGGAGGUGAUCAAGCCGUUCUGUGCAGUGCUGCCAGAGAUCCAAAAACCCGAAAGAAAGAUCCAGUUCAGAGAGAAGGUAUUAUGGACUGCCAUCACUCUCUUCAUCUUCCUGGUGUGUUGCCAGAUCCCCCUUUUUGGCAUCAUGUCAUCAGACUCAGCAGAUCCAUUCUACUGGAUGAGAGUUAUACUGGCCUCAAACAGAGGUACCCUGAUGGAGUUGGGUAUCUCGCCUAUUGUCACCUCGGGCCUUAUCAUGCAGCUGCUUGCUGGAGCUAAGAUCAUUGAGGUUGGAGACACACCAAAGGACAGAGCCCUCUUCAACGGAGCUCAGAAAUUAUUUGGAAUGAUCAUCACCAUCGGCCAGGCCAUUGUAUACGUAAUGACCGGCAUGUAUGGAGAUCCCUCUGAGAUGGGUGCAGGAAUCUGUCUGCUCAUCAUCAUUCAGCUGUUUGUUGCUGGGCUGAUCGUGCUGCUGCUCGAUGAGCUGCUCCAAAAGGGUUAUGGUCUUGGUUCAGGGAUCUCGCUUUUCAUUGCCACCAACAUCUGUGAGACGAUCGUCUGGAAGGCCUUCAGCCCCACGACUGUAAACACUGGAAGAGGUACCGAGUUUGAGGGGGCAAUCAUUGCGCUUUUCCAUCUGCUGGCCACUCGCACGGACAAAGUGCGCGCUUUGAGAGAGGCUUUCUACAGACAGAACCUGCCCAACCUCAUGAACCUCAUCGCCACCGUAUUCGUCUUCGCUGUAGUCAUAUACUUUCAGGGAUUCAGAGUUGAUCUGCCCAUCAAGUCAGCUCGCUACCGUGGGCAGUACAACACGUACCCCAUCAAGCUCUUCUACACCUCCAACAUCCCCAUCAUCCUGCAGUCCGCCUUGGUCUCCAACUUGUACGUCAUCUCCCAGAUGCUCUCCACACGUUUCAGUGGCAACUUCCUGGUUAAUCUGCUUGGUACUUGGUCUGAUGCAACGUCGGGCGGUCCGGCUCGUGCCUACCCUGUGGGGGGACUCUGUUACUACUUCUCUCCCCCUGAAUCAUUUGGCUCCGUUCUUGACGACCCCGUCCAUGCAGUCAUCUACAUCGUCUUCAUGCUUGGAUCAUGUGCCUUUUUCUCCAAGACCUGGAUUGAAGUCUCCGGCUCAUCUGCAAAAGAUGUGGCAAAACAGCUGAAGGAGCAGCAGAUGGUGAUGAGAGGACACAGAGAAACCUCAAUGGUCCAUGAACUGAACAGGUACAUCCCUACUGCUGCUGCCUUCGGUGGACUGUGUAUCGGUGGUUUAUCAGUAAUGGCCGACUUUCUCGGCGCCAUUGGCUCCGGCACCGGUAUCCUGCUGGCCGUCACCAUCAUCUAUCAGUACUUUGAGAUCUUUGUAAAAGAGCAAAGUGAAGUAGGCAGCAUGGGGGCUCUGCUCUUUUAGAAAAGCCAAUAUCCUCCCACCCUUUACCAACUUUUAUUAGGAUCACCUACUUUACAUUCAUUUUACAUCUCCGAGAAGCCCCCGCAUCACCAGCCCUCCACUUUUCAGGAUGACCAAGGAAUCUCCGCUCAAAUUGGACCUUACGAGGGGGUGGGGCUGCUCAGCUUUUUGCUCCUGCCUUGAAUCCUCUAACGCAACACGAAGACAGACACUUCAGUUGUAUUUCAUCAGAUUGUCAAACUGACUCAAAGUUAAAGUUUCCCAAAAUGAAUAUAAAGGCUUUCUUUUUUUGUAUGAGAUGAGAUCCUGCGGGAGUUUGGUCCUUUUUUCGGACUGACGAUAGAGCGCUUCAGUAUGCCGGCAUACUCGACACGGAUGAUGGAGGUCAACUGCCUGCUGUGUGCUGAAAUGUACUAAAUGUUCUGCUUGGUGUUAUCUUAGUUCAUACUUUUUUAUUUUCAGCUUUAUCUUAUUUCUUCAGCAACCUGCCAAUUGUGCGAAUGUGUGGAACAGAAGCUAAACUCUGAGUCAAGUACUGUCUUUUUUUUCUGAUCUGUGUCCCUGUGUUAUAGCUGUAAUUGGAACAGAAUAUUUUCGGAUGAGGCUGUGGAGCACGCAUCCGCCUGUCGCUGUUUUUAAUGUAUGGCAUUCCCAGGGAGCAGCAGUAUUAACUCACUAUUCACAUUCAAUCUCCCACUUUCUAAGAUUAUUUUUUGUUGUUUUUAAUUGUCUGCUCUCGGCAUCCUUGCAUUAAUCACUUUUUCCACACCUGAAAAACAAAUUAUAAUUUUACUGUACAUAAGCCAUGCAUUGAAUAACUUUGAAUUUGUGUAAAAUACAAUCUUUUGAAUAUGUAAAAAAUAAAUGCAUUUCAGAACAAACUUGUAGAAAAAAAACAUUCUCAAUAAAACCUUUUUGUGGGAAACUG